UCAGCCUCAACCCAAUAGCCACGAGUGCCAUCUCCGCAACUACGCUUUGAUUGCAAAGAGAAAAGUCGUUCACUAUCAGCCCAGCUGGAAUGAUGGCCGCGCUACUCUUCAUCCCCACCACACUCCUGACAUCCGGCAACUCGGCAUUCACAGCAGCGACGUCCACCAUAUACAAAAACGGUUGCUUCAUCUUCAAACCUCAUCCAAUCGCACCGUCGAAAGGCAAGUGCUCGUCAAGAUGAAGAUCAUCACCAUGAUGGCGCAACAACGACUGGUGGUGCGUUUCGCGCUUUGGUCGUGUGCUUGGCUGCUGCUUUCUGUCGUUCUCCACCUCUGCGCUCCAGCGCGCUUUCCCCUCUUCGGCACGCAGAGAGUGCGUCGCAUCGACGACCGAGCCAUCGAGCUGUGGACCACACACAUUGGUAAUCAUGCCGUGCAGCCUCAAGAUCGAUACAGCUUGAGAGAGCUCGGCUUCCGCACGCAUGUCUACGCCGAGCUACUUCGAAGAGGCGCUUCGCUUGAGCUGAAUGCGCUGAGCGAGGUGCUAUGGAAAUUUGUUCCUGGGGUGUGGGAGCUCCGAGAGCUGUCACGACCUCGGCACACCGUCUCUGGCUCUCUCGUACCUCUGCGGGAAGGUAUCGUCAUGGCGGUGACGUCCAACACCGUACUUGCAGCACUUCAAACCAUUACUGUGCUCCGCUCGACGCACAAAUGCAGUCUGCCCAUCGAAGUGUAUCACUACGGAGCAAGCGAGUUGGACAAGCCUCUGAAGAGUGCGCUCGAAUCCAUGCGCGAUGUAAGGGUCAUAGACAUCUACGAGCUACCUUACUUUUCAAGCGCAAUGGAAGAUGACGCUGGUAGGAUCCCAAACGGCCCAGAAUCCCAAGCUAGGCAAGCGAUGGCGCUCCUAGCCACCAAAUUCCAGCGCGUCGUGCUCAGCGCUCCAGACAUCACAUGGAUGGCCGAUCCUGCCCUCCUUUUUCAGCAACAAGGCUUCCUCCAGACUGGCACUUUCCUAUUCCGCGAGAGAGGCUUGCCAGCAACUGCGAGGGCACAGCGCAUGGUCAGCUGGCUUAAAGACCAAUUUGACGAGUCGUGGCCCAGUCAGAGACUCUCUUCCUUGCCAUUUUGGGAUUACGUUGCCGAUGGCGUGAUGACGCCCAAGGUAGCGGCCUUCGACAAGAGCAGAGCCGGAGUGUUCUCAGCUCUACUUGCCAAUCUGGCCAUGCACCAAAAAUCUUCUCGUGACCACAUCUGGUCCAGAUUCAGCCAAGGCCAAGUCGAGUCGCUCUUCUUAUCUUUCGAGCUAUCCAACAUGCCUUACCAUCUGUCUGAAAAUACCCCGGGGGCUGUCGGCUCGUUUGUGGGAAACGAUUGGUUCGGCAGCACACAACAGGAUGGCGAAGCAAGCAUCUGCUCGGCUAGAGCUGUGCAUUUCUUGUCCCAGAUGCCAGUCGCUCCUCUCGAGCGCCACAACGGCAGUAGCAGCAUCUACAGUGGGUUUAGUGGAGGCAUCUUCCGAAGCACGCGGGGAGCCUCCUCGAAAGCUGUGCUAGCUCCUCAGCCUCUGUGGCUCGACGCGCCAAUCUUUGAGACGAGGACGACCGAAACAUUCUUCAACGCCACAGCCUGGGCCAUGCACGGACGAUGGGAGAUGGACGUGACGCAGGCUUCCAUCAACCACAACAGCCCUUGGUGCUUCCGCGGGGCGACAUUGCGCAGCGUGGAUCAACUUGGCUCCACUCGCAUCAAUCUUGAUCGCAUCAAGUCCAUCCUGCGUCAAUGCAACAACCACUUCCGUCCGCUUGUUGGACUCUUCGCUGCAAUGCCAGUCCGCAGCGAGGAAUGAGGGCCUCGGGGCUUACGGGGCGUACGGGUGGACCACGCGUCGAGAUCGCUCGUGAUGACUCUUGCACUACAUUGUAUUUGCUAUACAGAUGACUUGGAACUGAUGCUCAUGGCCCGGGUGACUGCUUGUAGCGUGGGAGCCAUCAGCUAGGGAGUGAGCAGACCAAACCCUAGGUCAGUCGGAGUCGUCUCGAUGAUCUAAUACAC